AUGAAUGAGAGUGGUGUCUAUGAGGAUAGUGUGGAUGAGGAUGUGGAUGGUGUGGAUGAGGUUGAUCAGAAUGAGAAUGAGAAUGAUUUGGGGGAAGAUGAUGAUGGAAAGGAAGAUGAUGAUGUGGAUGAAGAUAUUGAGGAUGAGGAUACUGAAGAUGAGGAUGAGGUGGAUGAGGAUAUGGAUGAUGUGGAUGAGAAUGAGGAUGAGGAUGUUGAAGAUGAGGAUGAGGUGGAUGAGGAUGUGGAUGUGGGUGGUGUGGAUGAGAAUGAGGAUGAUCAGAAUGAGAAUUAUGUGGAGGAAGAUGAUAUGGACUAG